AUGAAGGCUGAUUUGGUUUUGUGUAAUGCUGCAUUGGAGUGUUGUUGUUGCAAGCUUGAAUCGGUUAGUGGUGUUGAGAAGGUUAUUAACACGAUUUCUAUUUUGGGUAUUAAGCCUGAUGAAUUUACUUUUGGUGCUUGUGUUAGUCUCGGAUUAUUGGACAAGGCGCAUAACAUCCUUGAUGAAAUGAAUGCUCAAAAGGCUUUUGUUGGAAUUGAGGUCUCUGUGUCCAUCUUGAAAGCUUAUGGCAAAGAGCAAGGAACAGUAGAAGCUGCCAAAUUGGUUACAGAAAUUUCUAGUUUGGGGCUUCAGUUGGAUGUUGGUAGCUAUGAAUCUCUCGUAGAAGCAUCCAUGUCAUGCUAA